GAUUUGACAGCGUUGAAAUGAAUUGUUCUUCCCAUAGAUUAUAAUUAACACUUUUGUGGAUAAUUGAUUUGAUUGAUUGCUAAUCAAUCAAAAUAUUUAUAUAUAUCGAUACCGCUUGUAGGUAUUUUUAUUUAUUUAUUUAAUUAAUAAAAUCCAAAAAAGAAUGAAGUAGAAGAUAAUUUAUAGUUCUUGCGAGGGUCGUUGUGAGAUAUUAUAAUAGUGUCAUUUAAUUAAUCAUUCCAUAGUGAACGUUUUAUUUUACUAACAUGACUUUAACAGAUACAGGUAAGUUUUAAUACUGCUUGAAGAAUGUCUAAGAUUUUAUUAUUUCAUUAAAAGCCCUCCAAGACUGCAUCUGUUGUAGUAAUAUAUUCCUCUACGGUACGUUUGCCUAGGAUUGGAAAAUUUGUCAAUGCUAGUCGUAUAAUUUAGGAUACAAAGAACAGAUAUCAUCACAGUGUCAUCACACUGGUUUCCGUCUUCCCUAUCACCAAUCUUUUAAAUUAGAGUUUAGUAUUUCAGGAAUGAAUUUCGUGCUAAUAGCGUAGAUUCGGGUCACUAAAGCUUCGUAGUUUAAUUGAUCGGAUCUAUAGCAUGAACAAAAAUUGACACACUUCCUUUCACAUUAUAAUGUUAUUUUUUUGGGCAAUUGUUCCAAGUAAUGCUAGCUGGUGCUUGUGCUGGUUCUAAAAAAGGUCUUUGUUCAACAGCAGACUUAUAAAGGUUGUGUUUUAUUCCGCUUAAAAGUAUGUAUGAGGUAAUGAAGUAGUAUUAUUUGUAUUUGUAUUAUUAUUUUAUUUUAAUAAUAGUAACAUUUUACUUUUUUAGUUAGUACAUGACCUGUUGUAUAAUAAAUGAUCUUAUAAUAAAAUUAGCAAAUAGUUCUAUUGCUGGGCUAAUUCUUCUGUCAUUUCUGAGAGGGAUUCAUUUCCCUAAUGGAUAUUGGCAGAUUUUAGAAGUCUUUGAAAUAUUUAUUAUAAAUGUUCAGGUUUCCUUACACAAUUGAGACUGUGAUGAAAAUGUCAAAUAACAACCUAAGAAAAUAUGUAUAUCCUUUAUAUUAGCCAAUAAAUUAUAAUUAUGAAAAGAAUGUAAGGAUAUUUUGAGCAUUACUGUUUUUUUUUGUGAAAACUGUAGUCAUGACAUAUGUUAAGACAGUAAACAAUGAGGUGCUUGACAACUUAUUGAUUUUGUUUUUAAUAUUACUUUUAUUAUAAUGAUCAGUUCAUUUUUAGGCGAUGAAACAACUGAAAUUAAUAUGAACAGAGUCUGUGAUUUAUUGGAUAAAACAUUGAUUAAUCAGUUACAUCUGAUGGAAGAAAAGAUGCGAUGUGAACUCAAUAUAGAAUCAAGCAUCAACAGUGGAAGUAUUCAUCUUGCUAAAUCUAGAUAUAUAAUGGGCCAGAAUGCAGUCAGUAUAGCGAGGUUGCCAGUGGAAAGCAGUCCAGAAUUUUCUGCAUCAACUGUAUGUGAAAUCACAGAGGUUGAUAAUAUGAAACAGUUCAGAGUAGUUGAGAAUGAUGCUGAAAACACAGUGAAUCCAUUACAUUGGUUUGGAGUACUAGUGCCUCAAAACUUGCAUAAAGCAAAGAGUAUCUUCCAGAAUACAAUUAAUUUUGUUGCUGAAUGUGCAAAUAUUCAAAUGCGAUUACUUGAAAAUAUGGCUAAUAUGGAUAUGUUGAAUGAAUACAAAAAAACAUUAAAAUCUUAAUAAUUGUACCAAAAAAUAGACAAACUGCAGUUUCUUUAUUUUAUUUUUAUGUAUCUUUCAUGUUAAACAAAAAAUACAGGAUAGGUCAACUUUUUGUUGGUGUAUUGCAAUGUUCUUGCAAAACACAUGACUAAAAAGUUAUGCUCUGAAUAGUUUAUUGGUUGUAGUUCAGUUAUAUUUUUUGCAAACAUGUACUAUGUUUGUUUACCUCAAUAAGUCAGUACCUACGGUGCAGGUUGAAUUUGUCAUACAAACGUAAUACCAAAACUAAUAAUAUUCUUAAUGCCAUCAUAUUUGCAUUGUAAGUGCUAUGUUUCGAAUUUUGAAUAAUGAUUAUCUAGGUUCCUGUCUUGAGUUUUUUACCUAAAAAAAUGUAAGCGAAUUUAAUUUUGCAUGUAUUUACAUCUGAUAUGUUUUCUCCAUAUUUGUUUUGUAUUAAAAAUAACAAUAUUUUAAGAUGCUUAUGUACACCCUAAGUUUUUAACACUUAACGUAGGCUAUAAUGUCAAUUUUUAUGAUUAUAACAACAGCUUGAGAACUGAUUAAUUUUUCAUUCAUUGUUUGUAUCACUGAACGUAAGCUUUGUACAUAUUCUGAAUAAAAAUAUUGCUAUUGUGUGAGCGAAGGCGCGCUCGAAACAGCUACCGCGCGCGCCUAAUGUUUUUUAGUGUUCGGCGAUUACUUAGCAUGCAUAUUUUUUUACUAAAUUAUACUGCAGAAUUUCAGACAUU